GGUUCAUCCCUCGUCGGCGAUGGCGGCCCCGGUGGUGGACGCCGAGUACCUGCGCCAGAUCGACAGGGCGCGCCGCGCCCUCCGCGCCCUCAUCGCCUCCAAGGGCUGCGCCCCCAUCAUGCUCCGCCUCGCAUGGCAUGAUGCUGGCACAUACGACGUCAACACAAGAACUGGUGGUGCAAAUGGCUCAAUUAGAUACGAGGAGGAGUUUACUCAUGGUUCAAAUGCUGGCUUAAAAAUUGCCAUUGAUCUACUUGAUCCUAUUAAAGCAAAGUGUCCAAAGGUUACAUAUGCAGACCUUUAUCAGCUUGCUGGAGUAGUUGCAGUUGAAGUCACUGGGGGUCCAACCGUUGAGUUUGUUCCUGGAAGACGUGAUUCCUCGGUUUGCCCCCGUGAAGGGCGUCUUCCUGAUGCUAAGAGAGGGGCACCACAUCUAAGGGACAUCUUUUAUCGAAUGGGCUUGACAGAUAAAGAUAUUGUAGCUCUAUCUGGUGGCCACAGUCUGGGAAAGGCGCACCCUGAAAGGUCUGGGUUUGACGGUGCAUGGACCCGUGAUCCUCUGAAGUUUGACAACUCAUACUUUCUUGAGCUACUGAAGGGAGAAUCUGAGGGGCUUCUGAAGCUCCCUACUGAUAAGGCAUUGCUGGAUGAUCCUGAAUUCAGACGCUAUGUGGACCUUUAUGCCAAGGAUGAGGAUAUCUUCUUCAAGGACUACGCUGAAUCACACAAGAAACUUUCUGAACUUGGCUUCACUCCACGGAGUGGUGGCCCAGCUUCUACAAAAUCAGAUCUUCCAACUGCUGUUGUACUCGCACAGAGUGCAGUCGGUGUAGCAGUUGCUGCAGCUGUAGUUAUCGCAGGCUACCUGUAUGAGGCUUCCAAGAGGAGCAAGUAAGGUUGCCAAGUUCUUCAAGCAAGUAUCAAGGUCAAAUAACAGAACUAUAGCAAAGAACUACCCGCACCAUCAUCUCCCAGUAUGUCAAGGAUUCUUAAGGACAUUCCUUUCAUGUUUACGUGAUACUCAAUGAAAUGUCAAUGGCAAUAUAUAGUUUAUUGAAAGCUCUUUCGGCACGUACUUAUCUCAUGUAAUACCAAAGCAGUUGCUUGUGUCCUGAAAAUGCUACUCCACCUAUUACCAUCAUAUUAUCAAUCUGGGGAAUUUGACAGUGA